AUGUGGGCCUUACAGCAGCAGCUUGAUCCGCCUAUGGAUGAAGAUGCUGACAGACUUAGGAACAAGUACGAUGAAAAGGCAUGCUACAGUGCCAACAAAAUAGAAGAUCAGAAUAGAAUACUUGCUAGAUUCUCAGAAGAUUGUUUUCUAUGCUCAUUCAGUUGUUUCUUUCAGGAGUCUUCUACUUUGUUUCUCCUUCAGCUUGCAUUCCAAAGCCUUGGUGUGGUGUAUGGAGGUUUAGGCAUGUCUCCUUCAUAUGUUUUCUACAACACAUUUCCUAAUGGAAUCAAGGAUCCAGAGGACGUGAUUGAAGCUCUAACACUGAUUAUAUAUUCUGUCCCUCUGGUCCCACUCCUGAAAUAUGUUUUUAUUGUUUGUAGAGCAAAUGAUAAUGGACAGGGAGGAACAUUGGCUCUUUAUUCGCUGCUCUGUCGACAUGCAAGAGUGAAGACUAUACCCAAUCAAGACCAUUCCGAUGAGAAACUAACAACUUAUCGUCAUUCUACAUUUCAUGAAAAUUCCAUUGCUGCAAAGACCAAGAGAUGA